ACAUUAAAAGUAACCCUUGGGUUUGUUUUUUUACAGUCUCCCUCAACCAAUUAUGAGCAAUGCAGACCUCAAUCGCCUGAUCAACAGUGAGGAGAUACAGUCUGUUAUCAGACCAGCUGGACCAUCAAAGAGCCGCCGGGCAACCCGCAAGAAGAAUCCACUAAAGAACAUUGGCAUCAUGAUGAAACUGAACCCGCACGCCAAGAGCGUCAAACGAGCUGAAAUGCUGACUGUGGAGAGGAGGAGAGCGGCUAAAGAGGCUGUACUGAGUAAGAAGAGAGAAGGAAAAUAAGCUACUCUGAUGCUGUGUUAAAUGGACGAAUAAAAACAGCAAUUAAUUCAGUGGAA